CGCACAGCAGCGCCAGCCGGCGGCCGGGCACACACGGUCCUGCACGCCCGCGCCCUCCGCAGCAUGUUGCGCGCCGCUGCGCUCGCCGCCGCUGGCCUCGGGCCCCGCCUGGGCCGCCGGCUCCUGUCGGCCGCCGCCACCCAGGCGGUGCCGGCCCCCAACCAGCAGCCUGAAGUCUCCUACAACCAGAUCUUCAUCAACAAUGAGUGGCACGAUGCUGUCAGCAAGAAAACAUUCCCCACCAUCAAUCCAUCCACCGGAGAAGUUAUCUGUCAGAUAGCUGAAGGAGACAAGGAAGACGUGGACAGGGCAGUAAAGGCUGCCCGGGCCGCCUUCCAGCUGGGCUCACCCUGGCGCCGCAUGGACGCAUCCGACAGAGGCCGCCUGCUGAACCGCCUGGCUGAUCUGAUUGAGCGGGACCGGACCUACCUAGCAGCCUUGGAGACCCUGGAUAACGGCAAGCCCUAUGUCAUCUCCUACCUGGUGGAUCUGGACAUGGUUCUCAAAUGCUUCCGUUAUUACGCUGGCUGGGCUGAUAAGUACCAUGGGAAAACUAUUCCCAUUGAUGGGGACUUCUUCAGCUAUACCCGCCAUGAACCCGUCGGGGUGUGCGGGCAGAUCAUUCCGUGGAACUUCCCACUCCUGAUGCAAGCCUGGAAACUCGGCCCAGCCCUGGCGACCGGAAAUGUGGUUGUGAUGAAGGUAGCUGAGCAGACUCCACUGACUGCCCUCUAUGUGGCCAACCUGAUUAAAGAGGCCGGCUUUCCCCCUGGCGUGGUCAAUAUUAUUCCUGGAUUUGGCCCCACAGCUGGGGCCGCCAUCACCUCCCAUGAGGAUGUGGACAAAGUGGCCUUCACAGGCUCUACCGAGGUUGGCCGCCUAGUCCAGGUUGCUGCAGGGAGCAGUAACCUCAAGAGAGUGACCCUGGAGCUGGGGGGAAAGAGCCCCAAUAUCAUCAUGUCAGAUGCAGAUAUGAACUGGGCCGUGGAGCAGGCCCACUUCGCCCUGUUCUUCAACCAGGGCCAGUGCUGCUGUGCGGGCUCCCGGACCUUUGUGCAAGAAGAUGUGUACGCCGAGUUUGUGGAGCGGAGCGUUGCCCGGGCCAAGUCUCGUGUGGUUGGGAACCCCUUUGACAGCCAGACUGAGCAGGGGCCGCAGGUGGACGAAACUCAGUUUAAGAAGAUCCUUGGUUAUAUCAAAUCUGGAAAGGAGGAGGGGGCGAAGCUGCUGUGUGGUGGAGGGGUUGCUGCUGACCGUGGCUACUUCAUCCAGCCCACCGUGUUCGGAGAUGUGCAAGACAGCAUGACUAUCGCCAGGGAGGAAAUCUUUGGGCCAGUGAUGCAGAUCCUGAAGUUCAAGACCAUAGAGGAAGUCAUUGGGAGAGCCAACAAUUCCAAAUAUGGGCUGGCUGCAGCUGUCUUCACCAAGGACUUGGACAAGGCCAAUUAUCUGUCCCAAGCCCUCCAGGCUGGCACUGUGUGGGUCAACUGCUAUGAUGUGUUUGGGGCCCAGUCCCCAUUCGGCGGCUACAAGAUGUCCGGGAGUGGCCGGGAGCUGGGAGAGUAUGCGCUGCAGGCAUACACCGAAGUGAAAACCGUCACGGUCAAAGUGCCUCAGAAGAACUCCUGAAGAACUGUGCCAACUCCCGGUGGAGGUCAAGGACAUCAGCAGCAAAACCAAGAAAAAUGACACUUGCACACUAAAAGUCUCAAAAGAGAAAUUCUCUCACAAAAUCUCUUGAUCAAGAAAGUAUCAGAACUUUAAUUGAUAGAUGGGGGGUGGGUGUGAAGGAAAGAGUACCGGGAAAGAUGCCAACAGUACUCCUAGCUUCCAGGCUGAUUUUUCAAAACUAGAUUCAAAUGUCUUAUUCUGUCCAUCUGAUAGAUUUCUGUAACUUGCCUUUAUAGGGGAACAAAAAGCCAUUUUUUACACUUGUACUAACAAGUCAGGGCAACAGCUAGUGCCUUCCUCUGUAUUCUGGACUAAAAUUCAUUAAAAACAAUGCUGCUGGGGGGUGGGAGGAUGGGUUAGCCUGGUGGUGGGUAUUGAGGAGGGCACAUUCUGCAUGUUGCACUGGGUGUUAUGCACAAACAAUGAAUCAUGGAACACUUCAUCUAGAACUAAUGAUGUAAUGUAUGGGGAUUAACAUAAGAAUAAAAAAAAAAAA